GAGCCAUAUACAAGCACAUCUAUUAUUGCUUCCUAGCAUUAAGAUAAGGAAAAGAAAAAAAUGGAGGCCACAAACUCACUAGAAUUUCAGGCAGAAAGGAAAUCCAAAUAUGAUCGGAUCAGUGAACUGAAGGCUUUUGAUGAGUCAAAAGCUGGGGUAAAGGGACUCGCAGAUGCAGGGAUAGCAAAGAUCCCGCGGAUAUUCAUCCAUCACUCUGAGCAACAUAAUGAUUCAGGCACCUCCUUCUCCGACCCCAAGUUCAGCAUUCCAAUCAUAGACUUUGAAGGCAUCGACAAAGAUGCUCGUCAACGUGCUAAGAUUGUUAAAGAAAUCAGAGAUGCAUGUGAGAGAUGGGGUUUCUUUCAGGUUGUUAAUCAUGGAAUUGAGGUAACUUUGCUGGAUGAGAUGAUCGAUGGGGUUCGCAGAUUUCACGAGCAAGACUACGACGUUAAGAAAGAGUUUUAUACGCGCGAUGAAACCAAAAGUGUGACAUAUAACACCAAUUUCGAUUUCUAUCAAGCACCAGCAGCUAACUGGAGGGAUACCAUAUAUUGUGCUACGGCUCCUUCUCCACCCAAGCCUGAAGAAUUGCCACAAGUGUGCAGGUUAGAUAUAAUGAUUGAUUACUCGAACGCAGUAAUAAGAUUAGGCCUUACUAUAUUCGAGCUGCUGUCGGAAGCUCUUGGGCUCGAACCCAACCACCUCAAAGACAUGGGUUGCGCCGAGGGACUUUAUGUUUUGGGCCAUUACUAUCCACCAUGCCUCGAACCAGAUUUGACUUUGGGAUUCAGCAAACAUACAGAUAGUGGAUUCCUCAAUGUCGUUUUACAAGAUCAAAUAGGUGGCCUUCAAGUCUUACAUCAAAAUCAAUGGGUCACUGUUACCCCCAUUCCGGGGUCUUUGGUUGUAAACCUGGGAGACAUGAUUCAGUUGAUCUCCAACGAUAAGUUCAAAAGUGUAUUUCACAGAGUAUUGGCAAAGAACGUAGGUCCAAGAAUCUCCGUGGCUAGUCUUUUUAGAACACAUUUCAAGGGAGAGAUUACCCCCAGGCUGUAUGGACCAAUCAAGGAGCUGCUAUCAGAAGAACACCCCCCAAUCUACAGGGAAACCACCGUAAAAGAUUAUGUUACUCAUUUUUACUCGAAAGGGCUAGAUGGGACCUCUGGACUAGAAUAUUUCAAAAUUUGAAGUCGGUCAUAGAUGAAUAUGGUUCAUUUAUUUUGUUGAACUUCCACUCUGAUUUUCGACUGUUUACGUUGCUCCAAUGUACAUGUUAAGACUGUCUAGCCUUAUUGUGCUUGCCUAUAGUCUGCAUAUAUAUAUAAAGCGUGUCUAAUGUGUAACAGAUUUGAACUUCUAUUGUUCAAAGCUCGAAUAUGGAUUACUUGAAGAAAUUGUUGUUUUUAAUGUUGUUAUGUUUCACUU